AUGCCAAGUGCUAACAGCACCUCCCCAAAGCCCUUCAAACCCAACAAAUCCACCUCCUUUUUAAACUGCAAAAAAACAAAUCUCUACUCUCUCCUAGCUCUUCUUUGCAUCAUUUCCUACCUUCUAGGUUCAUACCAAAACACCACCAGCAGCAGCAGCACAACAACAACCAAAAAAACCUCCACAACUCAAUGUCUCCAAAAAAAACCAACAACAAACCCAACCCCAAACGAAAAAACAACCAACCUAGAUUUCUUCCCACACCACAACACAACAGACCCAACAACAACCUCAUCAACAACAUCCUCCUCCUCCUCAAACCACCGUUACCCACCUUGCACCCCCUCACUAACAGACUACACCCCCUGCGAAGACCGCGCACGCUCCCUAAAACACACGCGCGACAGAAUGAUUUACCGCGAACGACACUGUCCAAAGUCAAACGAAAUACUAAAAUGUCGUGUUCCGGCACCAAAGGGUUACAAGAAUCCAUUCCCUUGGCCCACAAGCAGGGACAUGGCAUGGUAUGCAAAUGUACCUUACCGUCAUUUAACGGUGGAGAAAGCAGUUCAAAAUUGGAUCCGGUUUGACGGUGAUAGAUUCCGGUUCCCUGGUGGUGGUACCAUGUUUCCAGAUGGUGCUGAUAAGUAUAUUGAUGAUAUUGGAAAGCUUAUAAAUCUUAAAGAUGGUUCUGUUCGAACCGCUGUUGAUACUGGCUGUGGGGUAGCUAGUUGGGGAGCAUAUCUUUUAUCACGUAACAUAUUAACAGUUUCAAUUGCACCAAGAGACACUCAUGAAGCACAAGUUCAAUUUGCUCUUGAAAGAGGUGUUCCUGCUAUUAUUGGUGUUUUAGCCUCUAAAAGAUUGCCUUUCCCUUCUAGAGCUUUUGACAUGGCACAUUGUUCUAGGUGCCUCAUUCCAUGGCCUGAAUAUGACGGACUUUAUCUAAAUGAAAUUGAUAGAAUCCUACGCCCCGGUGGGUAUUGGAUUUUAUCUGGACCACCAAUCCAUUGGAAGAAAUAUUGGAAAGGAUGGGAAAGAACAAAAGAAGAUUUGAAUGAAGAACAGACCAAAAUUGAGAAUGUUGCUAAAAGCCUUUGUUGGAACAAAUUAGUUGAAAAAGAUGAUAUUGCUAUUUGGCAAAAGCCCAAAAAUCAUUUUGAUUGCACACAAAAUAGGCCUUUUUGCCAAGAGGAUAAUAAGCCUGAUAAAGCUUGGUACACAAACAUGCAAACAUGUUUGAGUCCACUUCCUAAAGUGUCCAACAAAGAAGAAACAUCAGGAGGAGCAUUAAACAAUUGGCCUCAAAGAUUAAAAUCAACUCCACCAAGGAUUUCAAAAGGCACUAUAAAAAGUGUCACACCACAAACAUUCUCAAAAGACAAUCAACUAUGGAACAAAAGAGUAUCGUAUUACAAAAAAGUUAACAGUCAACUUGGAAAAGCUGCUAAAGUUGAUACACUUGGAGCAGUUUAUGAAAGAGGGUUGAUUGGAAUAUAUCAUAAUUGGUGUGAAGCUAUGUCUACUUAUCCUAGAACUUAUGACUUAAUUCAUGCUGAUUCUGUUUUUAGCCUUUAUAAUGACAGAUGUGAAGUGGAAGACAUAUUGCUAGAGAUGGAUAGGAUUCUUAGACCAGAAGGAAGUAUAAUAAUUAGAGAUGAUGUUGAUAUAUUGGUCAAAGUGAAAAGCAUAAUCAAUGGCUUAGAUUGGGAGAGUCAAAUUGUGGAUCAUGAGGAUGGACCUCUUGAAAGGGAGAAGCUUUUAUUUGCUGUCAAAAAGUAUUGGACAUCUUCUGUCUCUAAUGACGAUUCUAGUUAA